CAGACCAUGACCCCGAGCCGUAGACCCUCCGGCCCGACCCUGGCCUCUGUGCUGCUGGCCAUGCUGCUGGGUGGCGCUGCGCUGGCCUCAGAGAUUGUGGGCGGCCGCCCGGCCCAGCCGCAUGCGUGGCCCUUUAUGGUGUCGCUGCAGCUGCGCGGCGGCCAUUUCUGCGGCGGGACGCUCAUCGCCCCGAACUUCGUCAUGUCGGCUGCCCACUGCGUGGACGGCCUAAACUUCCGGUCAGUGGUGGCGGUGCUGGGGGCACACGACCUGAGGCGGCGGGAGCCCACCAGGCAGACCUUUGCCAUCCAGCGGGUCUUUGAAAACGGCUUUGAUCCCCAGAGACUGCUGAACGACAUCGUGAUUCUCCAGCUCAAUGGGUCAGCCACCAUCAACGCCAACGUGCAGGUGGCCAGGCUGCCUGCCCAGAAUCAAGGUGUGGGUAGUGGGGUGCAGUGCCUGGCCAUGGGCUGGGGCCAGCUGGGCACGACCCGGCCACCGCCCAACGUCCUGCAGGAGCUCAAUGUCACCGUGGUGACCAACCUGUGCCGUCGUUCCAACGUGUGCACACUGGUGCCACGGCGGCAGGCCGGCAUCUGCUUUGGGGACUCUGGCGGGCCCCUGGUCUGCAAUGGGCUGAUCCAGGGCAUCGACUCCUUUAUCCGCGGAAGCUGCGGCUCCGGCUUCUACCCAGACGCCUUCGCUCCGGUGGCGCAGUUCGCCGACUGGAUCAACUCCAUCAUCCGUCGCCGGGACAACCGCCCCUCGGUGCAUCCCAGGGACCCUGCGAGUAGGACCCUCUAGAAAGGGCACCCCUGGCUGCGCCCUGCCCACGGGGGGACCAUUUGCAUCUCGCACAAUAAAAGCCUCUCGGUUUCGUGA